AUGUCCUAUGGUUCCCGGGCCAGUUCAGGUGGCUUAGAGAAGGGCACAACAGUACCUUUAUAGACACUACAAAAAUCACUUGAAGAAGGAACAAACAUCUCUGAGUGGAGGGAACUACACCAGUGUGGCCCAGAUUAUAUAAAGGAUCAUCUACCAAAAAUUCAUCAGCACACUUCCUAUAUAGGAGAAAAGCGCCCAGCAUUAGAAAAGACUGGAGAUCUCAGAUAUUUAUGGAGGCCUGCCUCAAACAGAUGCUUACCGGCAAAAUAUAAAUAUGAGUAUGUUGGUGAAAUUGGUUGGGGAAUACCAGAGUAUGAUUUUAUCAACCAAACAAGGCUUUGGACUGGCUUUCACAUCAAGUAUGGAGAACAAAGUCAAGCCACUAUUGAUAAAAUAGGACACAGAUACCAAAAUCCAUGGCAACCAAAACCGUAUAUUAUGGAUAUGCAAGGAAGAUUCAGUCGUGGUUCUAUUGCCUGGCAUAUGGGUGAUUAUGAGAACACCGAUCAAAGAAAUUCCAAAGCGGCUGUCCUGGUCAGGCAGAGCACGGCAGAAUUGCCAAGAGCUUCCAAACAACUGAAGCUGCCAAAGCGACCAAGAAAGGAGGAACCUCAGCUAAGUGACAUCAUGUCAUUCUCAGUGCUUCACAUCAAAGAGGCACCUGACGAGAGUUUAACUCACUCUGUGAUCAUCGAGGCCAGAGAGGUUGAGAAACUUGUCCAGUGUCACAUAGCUGGUAGGCAGCCGAGUCAGGAUCUGAACCCAGACAGCCAACCUUCACCCUGUCCAAAGACACCACCUGCAUCUGGAGCACGGGCCAUGCUAACUGAAGGAGUCUACAAGAAGGAAGCUGUAAGAAGACAACGUGGACCUUGGAAGGGAGAAGGGUUGCUGAUCAGACACACGGGUCUGCAGGUGCGAAGCCUGUAA